GUUGGUGAGUGAACCAGUGACCAGGUUUAAAGAGAGAACAAAAAGAGGAGACCAAAGUCCCCACAUCACGAGACAGACAACUAGAAGCGUCUUUUACAACAGGCAGCAACAGGCUACGACAUAACUAUCUGAAGAAAGAAAGAGAAAAAAAGAAAGGAAACUAACAGGAUUUGAAACACUGAUUAGAUCUGAGGUGAAGCUCAGCUUGACCCUCCUGUGCAGCGCAAACCAGCUGUCUUGUUCCGUUAGUUUCAAGUGAAAAUGCUCUGGAGAUUGACUCUUGCCGUGGCUGUGGUGUGCGUCGGUGGCAUAUGCAACUCAGUGAAGGCUGAUGUAAUGAGCAGACUGAUCAUACCGAGAGACUAUGGGGUGAAACUGUGCGGGAGAGAGUUCAUCAGAGCAGUCAUUUUCACCUGCGGCGGCUCCCGGUGGAAACGAUCCACAGAGGGGGACAUAGAUCCCUUCCAGUCGAGUUCCCUCAGUGAUGUUACAGUGGAAGACAACCAGCACACUUGGCAGUCAGGCGCAGACUUCACAGCAGAUAACCUUUCUCCUCUCCUCAUUGGCGCCUCUUACUCCCUAGCAGACCUCCUGGCCCUUUACAGAGGAGACCGGCAGCAGCCGUCGCUAGGUGACUUGGCCCUGGUGGAGAAGUCUCAGCGGUCCACAGUUUUAGGCGAGCAAGACGGGAACCCAGCUACAGCUGACUGGGCCAUACAGAGCAAAAAGAAAAGGAACUUUUCUUUGGGUGUGGCAGGGAAGUGCUGUAACCAGGGCUGUACCAAGAAUGAUAUAGGACGCUUGUGUUGAGGCAGGGAGGAGAAGGGAUGUAAUGGAUGAGUGAAGUCAGAGGGGUUGUGACUUGAAGAUGGUGUAAUGGACACUGUAGACAGUUAAUGGAAAUCUUAAAUAUAAAGGAGAGCAAGUUCACAUCUGCUCUAAGCCUUAUAUUUAAAUAUACAUUUUUUCUUUAUUCCCCUAUUUGUUUAUUUAGUAAAAAAGGUUAUGUACUGUAUGUUACCCCAUCGGCAUUAUUGAAAAUAAAUUUAAAAUACUGUGUUAAUAUGAAAUGUUGAGCCAUAUCAUAUGUUGUCUUCAUGCUGGAUUUAGAGCAAUAAACAGCAUCCAUUGUGCAGACUAUCUGACUAAACUACGUUCAGACUAGCUCAGGUCAAUAUCACACAUUGUCAUUUAGGUUGCUGUGAACUUAUUGCCUUAUCAUUUUCUCUUAACAUCCAAAAGGACACUUCUGCAAAAUAGCCCCAUUAACCCUUUCUGAUGUAGAAGAAAAAUACAUUUAAACCCUCGCACAAAAUCUCACACUAUAAUUUUUGGUCUAAAUGUAGAAAUCAUGUAGUUUGUUGUAAAC